AUGAAGUUUAACGCUCGUGGUGGGAUUUCCAUCCUCGAAUUGUUUCUUUACUUCCCCUCCUUCUUCAUUGCAGUCUACAUCUGCUACCGUCAUGGCUUCGGCCGCUCCUCUGGUUGGGUCUUCACACUCAUCCUCUGCCUUAUCCGUAUCAUAGGAGCGUGCUGCCAGCUCGCUACUUACCACAGCAAAUCACAAGGCUUAUUCGAAGCCACCAUCAUUCUGGACUCUGUGGGCAUUUCGCCCCUGCUUCUAGCAACACUUGGACUCCUUUCUCGAUGCAUCGACUCAAUCAAAAAAACUAGCACCUUCCCCCUCAGCGCCAUCCACUUCCGCACAAUCCAACUCCUCAUCACCAUCGGCCUAAUCCUGAGUAUUGCCGGCGGCAGCAAUAGCAUCAGCUCAGGUGACAAUUUCAAAGUGCAAUCCACCUCCAAAGUCGGCAUCAUCCUCUACAUCCUCGCCUACGUCGCCCUCACCCUCAUUAGCCUCCUCACCGGUUUCAAGCUCUCCCAGGCCGCAAGCGGCGAAAAGCGGCUCCUCCUAGCGGUGAUCCUUGCGCUGCCCUUCAUCCUCGUCAGACUCGUCUACUCCACCCUCGCCGCUCUGACGCAUUUCCAGGAAUUCAACCUCCUGACGGGUUCGGUUGCCAUCUUCGCCAUCAUGGCCGUCGCCAUGGAGUUCGCCGUGGUUCUAAUCUACCUCGUCACCGGGUGGACAACCAACGUGGUCCCUGCUUCUCAGCGUGGUCCGAUCAUGUCUCGCCCGUGGAAGGGAAAUUCGCAUGGCGCCAUCUUUCACCCUGGUGGCCGUCAAGGUCGCAGGCAGGGCCCUAUUCAUGGCUUGGUCAAUGCCGCUGUCGCCGCCGCGCAACAGCAAAUUGCUCAGCAGAGCGGCGAGGUGGGGCGGUCCGGCAUGCGUUAA